GCGUACAGCCGUAGGUGAUCAAAUGAACGAUUUCGGUUUUUCACUUCCUGAUUUCAAUGGUAUAACCAAUGAACUGACAAUACACGGACCGAUUUCUUUCGGGAAUUAACCUCCACUGAACAAAAACGGAUUGAGCGAACAGAACACUAACUUCAUGAUUACGCUCUAGUUAUACCUUUACUCGACAAGAGGCAUCCAGCAUCCUGACAAUAUACACAGCAUUGGCAGAGCCUUUGUUCUCAGCUGACCUUGUGACAGGUAAACUCCAGAGAUUCUGAGCCACGGCACCGGUGCGCCACACCAUCUACUACCAUGGCCAACCAGGACUCUACCAACCCGUCCCAUGACUUGUUUGAGCAGUUUGUCCAAGCCCAGACCUGUAAGGAGGUGCAGCGUAUUUUCUCAGAGCUUUGCCACCACCUACAGGUGGACCCCAGGGACUACCAGAGCUUCUACACCAAGCUCAAGGAGAGGCUCAACUACUGGAAGGCCAAGUCCCUCUGGGUCAAACUGGACAAGCGGGCCCAACACCAAGACUACCAGCAAGGCGAAGUCUGUGCCAAAAACAAGUGCCUGGUGCUGGGUGCAGGGCCGUGCGGGCUCAGGACAGCCAUAGAGCUGGCUCUGCUGGGGGCUCAUGUGGUGGUACUAGAGAAGAGAGACUCUUUCUCCCGGAAUAACGUGCUGCACCUGUGGCCCUACACCAUCUCUGACCUGCGUGGGCUGGCUGCCAAGAAGUUCUACGGCAAAUUCUGCACUGGGGUUCUGGAUCACAUCAGCAUCCGUCAGCUCCAGCUGAUACUGCUGAAAGUGUGUCUUCUCCUGGGGGUGGAAGUUCAAACAGGGGUGGAAUUCAAAGGAUUUGUGGAGCCCUCAGGAGCCACAGGCUGGAUGGCAAAGCUGUUUCCUGACAAUCACCCUGCUGGGAAGUUCCAGUUUGAUGUCUUCAUAUCUGCAGGAGGAGGAAGCUUUGUCCCGUAUGGCUUCAAGAGGAAGGAGCUGCGAGGGAAGCUGGCCAUUGGCAUCACGUGUAACUUCCUCAACCGUCACACUGCAGCCGAGACCCAGGUGGCAGAGAUCAGCGGUGUGGCACGUAUCUACAACCAGAAGUUCUUCCAGGACCUGCUCACAGAGACGGGUAUUGAUCUGGAGAACAUAGUCUACUAUAAAGAUGACACCCACUACUUUGUCAUGACUGCCAAGAAGAAGAGCCUGUUAAAGAUGGGGGUCAUUAAACAGGACUUUAGUGAUGCCGAUAAGCUUCUGGCCCAGGUAAAUGUGGACCAGGAGGCCUUGUUGCGUUACGCCUACGAUGCUGCCCAGUUCUCCACGGGCCACUGCCUGCCCGACAUGCAGUUUGCCCAGAACCACGCGGGCCAGCCUGAUGUGGCCAUGUUCGACUUCACUUGCAUGCACCGAGCUGAGAACGCCUCUCUGGUCAGGGAGAGAAAGGGCAAGAAACUACUCAUGGGCCUGGUGGGAGACUGCCUGGUAGAGCCGUUUUGGCCUCUGGGAACAGGUAUUGCCCGUGGGUUCCUGGCUGCCUUCGACACAGCAUGGAUGGUUAGGAGCUGGGGCAAGGGAAGACCCCACAUGGAAGUACUUGCUGAGCGAGAGAGUAUCUACCAGCUCCUGUCUCAGACCACGCCAGAGAACACCAGUAAGAAAUAUAGCGCCUUCAGCAUAGACCCGGCUACACGCUACCAGCACGUCAACCUCAACUCCGUCAAGGCCUUCCAGGUGAAACGUCUCUAUGAUGUGGAAGACCACCUUAAUCCUGGGCGACCCAUCAAGAAGCCGAAAGGCAAUUGGUCUCACCUGCGACAAGAUUCGGUUGGAGCGUUUGAGGUGCUUUUGAAGUGGUGCCAGCAGCACACUGCAGGGUACGACAGGGUGAACGUGAAAGAUCUGAACCAGUCCUGGAGGUCUGGCCUGGCCCUGUGUGCCCUCAUCAACACCUUCAGACCCCGUGUCAUUGACAUGUCCUCUCUGGAGGAGUCUAAUGCAGUCUACAAUAACCAGCUGGCCUUCAACUUCCUGGAGAGAGAGCUGGGCAUCCUUCCCAUAAUGUCAGCCAGGGAGAUGUCUUUCAAGGGACAGAUAGACAAGCUCUCCAUGGUGCACUACCUCACACAGAUCCACGAUGCGUUCAAUGAAAGGACACCUACUAAAGAACCUCAGAGCCUUCCCCUGAAGCCAUCCAAGACCCUGUCUUUUCGGGCUGCUGUGGUCUUCCUCAACAACCUCAAGCACAACUCUCUGCAGCGACGCAAGGAGAGACUGGCAAGCAAGAAAGACGGAAAGGGGACGAUGGGAGAGGAAAAGGAUCCUUUAGCUCCUCUCUCAGCCCCUAAGGUGAACCCUGACCCUGUGAACCUUGACCUUGAACCGAGCCUGAUGCCAGGCAUCAGUAGCAAUGAGGAGUGUUACUUCUGUUGCCAGCGGGUCUAUGUUCUGGAGAGGAUCAGUACUGAGGGAAAGUUAUUCCACCGUAGCUGCUUCACCUGCCAUCAGUGCGGCACCACCCUUAGACUGGGCGGGUAUACCUUCAACCAGCACACUGGGAAGUUCUACUGUGAGCUGCACUCUGAACAACUAGAGAUGGAGAACGGGGAACAAUGCCCAUCCGUUCAGGAUACAAUAGAAGAUCACAAUGAGAAGGAGAGAGGUGUGAAUGGGAUCUCCAGUGAAGAGCCCUCACCUUGUCCCUCUGAAGAUGAUGAUGAAGAGUACUCUCUAGACUUGGGUCUUCCUAAACCAAUGGCUCCUCAGGGUGAGGAACACCCCAGCAGCAAACAAUCUAAUCCUGUAGAGGAGCCCCAUGUCCCACCAAAUCCACCCAUAGACGUUUACCUGAAGAAAGGGUUUAAGGCCAGUGAGGUGGAGGAAGAAAAGGAGGGGAAGGAGAGGGUUGAGGAUCCCUCCUCAUACCCCCCGACCCCUGUCCCAAAACCUCGUCUAUCUUGUUCGGAAAUCCCCAGCCCUCAGGCCUCCCCUCCUGUACCCAAACCACGCACCGUCCUCCCCACCCCAAAAAGGGACAUGUCACCGGCCCAUGUAGGGGACAAGGGGUCCCUCGAAGCAGCAGGAGAGAAAGGGACCCCCAAGGCAACCCCAGCCCCUGACUCCAGGGCGAAGCAGUCCCUGCGGAAGCUGCAGCUCACCGACAAGGAGAAGAACCAAUUAGUCAAUCUGAGCUUCAGCCUGGACUCUGACUCAGAGACACCUGGUUCUUCCUCCUGCUCCUCUUCAACAGUCACAGCAGGGGGUCCCAGCCCACCCAAACCUCCAGGUGCAGAUUGCCAGGAGGAGGAGGGCUACUGGAUUGGGGGCUCGAGGCCGGCGGGACACAUCCGGGAGCUCAGGAACCGCCGCUGCUUCAGAAGGAAAGAGGAGCCUGAGGAGGGCCAGGGUCAACACGGCAGGGUCCGCUCCAAAUUCUCCCCCUGGAACCUCUCCUCCCCUCGGCCGAGGAGGGACUACCGCUUCAGCGUCCUCAACAGACACCCAGAAGUACACUAUCACCACAGUGUAUCCGAAGAUGGUGGUGCUGAUGAGGAUGAUGAUUAUGAUGAGAUGGAUAUGUUUGGAGUAGAUGGCAUUGAUUUAUAUGAUGACAAGUUCCAGAUCGUCCCUUCAGACCCUGUGAAGGCUGAGAAGCUACAGCUGAUGAAGAUGAGGACUUUGGCACGUCGGGCCAAGACAUCUGAGAUGCAGCGCUUCCACAAAGCCCAGUCUAUCCAGAGGCGACUGGAGGAGAUCGAGGUGACGUAUAAAGAGCUGGAGGAUGAAGGUGUGGUGCUGGAGCAGGUACUCAGAGGAGAGGAAGACAGCUGUGGUUCUCCUGGGAUGAUCGACCAGUGGGUCCAUCUGGUCCACCAGAAGAACACUCUGGUCUCUGAGGAGUCAGACCUUAUGGUGGCGUCUCGACAGCUAGAGCUGGAGGACAAACAGAGCACGCUAGAGAUGGAACUGAGACGAUACGAGCUGGAUGAUUCUGAGAAGUCUGUGGAGCAGCAGGCAGAAGAGGAGCGUGUGCUGCAGGAUAUGCUGGAGGUGGUGGACAUGAGGAACUCUCUGGUGGCCUUCCUAGACGAGAAGAGACUACCAGAGACGGAGACUGAUGAGCAACAGUCCACCUCGCUGCUAGAGGUCAAGAGACACCCUACAGCCUCAGCUGGGGCACAGGUGUACUGGGCGUGAGGGUGACUUGGACUGGGCGUGAGGGUGACACAUACAGGUACACCCACUGUCACACACACACACGCAUACACACACGAAUACAUGUGCAGUUACAUACACACUUAAAUAUAUUAGUAGAGACUUGCUGCUUACAGACACACCCAUAAUGUUGCAUUUGCGAAGCCAAAGAUGUAUUGGUGAAGGUAUUUCUCCACAAGUGUUGUGCUCAGUGUUGAGGUACAGUAUACUGACCAGAGGCAAUGACACAGACCCUGGCCUGGAUAACUGGCUGUCCUUCCUGGCCUGUCCCCAUGGGCAGUCCAUCCGCAGUCAAGGCAGUCCUGCUCCAGCAGCAGCCCCAGGAUAGAGAGACCACCACAGCCAGCUGAACUCACACCAACCUCACUGAGGACCUGCUGACAAUACAAAGGACCCAAAGUCGCAUGUUCUUAACACAUUGUGGAGAUAUUAUAUUCUGUGGGUUGGACAGUAUUGUUUCAAAUGGAUUCUGGAUUCAUGUUCAUAUAUUUUGGUAAACCUAAAUCAGCUAGUUCUGCUAAGCACAAAGGUAAUGAGAUUAUCGCAAUUCUACUUUUCUAUAAUGUAGUGACAAAAUUAGAUACAAUACAAAAAAAAUUGGGCCAUAAAAAAUGUGUUUUGAAAUGUCCUUAUUUUCCAUGAAAACCUACAUGAAAUAAGUUGCAAAAUGAACAGGAAAUAUAGUCACGGCGUUGACAAGGUUAUAAAUAAUGAUUUUUAAUUGAAAUAAUAAUUGUGUUCUUCAAACUUUGCUUUCGUUAAAGAAUCCUCCAUUUGCAGGAAUUACAGCCUUUCAGACCUUUGGCAAUCUAGUUGUCAAUUUGUUGAGGUAAUCUGAAGAGAUUUCACCCCAUGCUUCCUGAAGCACCUCCCACAAGUUGAAUUGGCUUGAUGGGCACUUCUUACGUA